AUGCGCGCCACAACGGCUUGUCUGAGCAAGGGUUUCCUGGGCCGCAGUAUUGACGAGUUCAAGCGCCUCUCAAAUAUAGCAUUAAAGCUCGAAGGCAUAAAAGGUCCCUCGGGUCCACUUCCCCUCCAUGACUUCCAUAAGCCCGAUUCCCUCGAGGAGUGCAAGCUGAUGUCCGACGUCGACAUCGGCGGUUUCUCUAAGGCAGCGCUAGAUUGGAUACCCCCUUCUCCUAAGGACAACUCCCACGGCUAUGCGCGCUUCCACGGCAGCAUAUCAACUGCCCUCCCUCCCCACAGACCCGAGGUCCAACGAUCCGGCUACGCCGCAUGGCGAACCCUCGAUAAGCCCCCGACCAUCUUCGGUCGCGCGCUCUGGAACAUCGACAUGUAUGCGUACCUAGGCAUGCGCAUCAAGUCUGACGGGCGAAGCUACUUCGUCAACGUGCAGACGGAGUCAAUUGUACCUACAGACUUGCACCAGCACCGGUUAUUUGCUAAACGGCCUGGGGAGUGGGAGACGGUUAUAAUCAAGUGGAACGAUUUUGUGCGAACGAACCACGGGUUCGUAGUUGAGCCGCAGACGGAGAUUCUACGGCAGAAAGUUAAGUCGAUAGGUGUUGGCUUGACAGACCGAGUGCCGGGACCGUUUGAGCUAUGCAUUGAGAGGAUGUGGGCUACCAACGAUAUGAGCGAAGGAGACGAGCAUAUAGAGCCGUCUAUUAACAAAGAAGGGCAGCUUAAGGAUAAGCAGGGGCGGCAUAUCAACUGGGCCGAUAAAUAA